GAGCAUUUCCUCCUCCUCCUCCUCGCCCGCAGAGAGGAGGGGAGGACCACACCUCGGGCCGGGGCUGGAAGUUCCCAGCCUGGGACAUUUCCACGCCAGCCAAGGCGGAGGGUGCCGGCUCGACUCCCGGGAGCAAACUCAGCCGCCGGACGGAAAGGAAAGGUGCCGUUCAACUGAAGGUCCAAAGAAGGAAACAACGUUUUCAUCACCAAUUCUAUUUGGAAGCCGGAAGCAACUUCCCAGUCUUCGUAACAGUCUUUGUUUGAACCCAAGAGUGGUCCUGGAGAUGCCGGCCGGUGCUUGAAUUUUUUACUCAACAGCACCAACAACUUUGGGGGUGGGGUGAAGCACACCCUUGCCGUUUGGUGUGGCAGCGACUCGGGCCAGAGGGCGGAUCACCAGAAUCCUUGAGGAGACCGACCCGUCAGCUGGAAAGCUGGAACCCUCCACGAAUAUGAGCGAUUUUUGGCACAAGCUGGGCUGCUGCGUGGUAGAGAAACCGCAGCCGAAAAAGAAGAGGCGGCGAAUCGACCGCACCAUGAUAGGGGAGCCGAUGAAUUUUGUUCACCUGACGCACAUCGGGUCUGGAGACAUGGCGAACGAGGGGCUGCCCAUGACGGGCGCAGUCCAAGAAAUGAGAUCGAAAUGCGGCCGAGAGCGACAGUGGAGCAACUCCCACGGCUUGUAGCUGCUCCCUGCCUCCUCCUCCAAGUGUUCCAGGCAAAUUAAUAAAAAACCAAAAACAGAAAAAAAGAAAUAUAUAUAUAUAUAUAAACAGCCCACACUUGCCUGUUCGAACGCGUCAAAACAAACUGGAAAUGCGAGACCUCGUCCGCUGGAGUCGCUCAGUAACUUAAGCAAAACUGAAUUCCAAACGUUCCGAUUUUUUUCCCCCCGAGGCAAGAAACGAACAACUUGUUUGCCGUUUACACUUUGCCGUUUGCGUAAAAAACAGGUCGACGGAAUCCAGGUUUCUCUUAAAAGUCUCCUUUUUGCUUCUGAGUCCCCCCAGUACCGGUUUUUCCUCACCUGUCCCAUUUUUACUUGCGAAAAACAAAAGUCGUGCUAUCGUCUGUUUGGUGGAGAUUCCUGACCAGCGUGGCCUCAGCUGAGAGAAAUUAUUUUCCCGCCUUCUUAAAAAAAUACAAAAAGAGUCACAUUUUCUGGUGAUAUUUUUUUUCAUCUGGAGGAACAGCCAGCAAAUGGGUUUUUGGAGAAGUUCCUGGAUGGAUUUUUUCCCCCCUAAAGAAUUUACACCUUCUAUAGAUAGGCCUCCCACAGGCCGCAAGGACGGCGGCAAGAUUUGUAGAGCCGGUGAGAACACCAGCGUGAGAGACGGGCAUCUGACCGACAGGUGUGAUUCACAGGGACGUUCUUCUUCCUUAUUAGAGUGAACAGGAAUGUGCUCCGGUUCGUUUCAACUCUGCACGGGGUAGAGAACUUCCCAGCAUAUUGUGCCCUGUGAUUAUUUAAUAGGAGGGGAGGUUGGCACUUUGAAUUUUCUGUUCUGCAUGCCCAAAGGUCUUGGUUUGGGCUCCUCUAUAUGCUUUCCUGAAUCCUACAGCGUGGAGUCCCUUAUGAAACUUCAACCGGAUGUGAUCCAGAGAGACACACAAAACGCAACAUCAGGCCGUGGGGAGUCUUCCUACUCAGUAUGCAAGUCAGUCGAAACACUGGCGUUCGAAAGCUGGUCCUUGAGUCUGCUUUGGGUCUAGCCGAGAUGUUCAGUCCCAAAGGGAUAGAGGAGAACUUAGCUAACAGAACUCACAGAGAACGGCAUUAUCCGUUUGCAGCGGCCUUCGAGACGCAAAGCUUCAGUCAAGGCACUGGGAUCUGCCCCUAAAGGGAAAAAAAUGGGUCUCAUUUUUCCCAACC